AUGGCUUCCCGCCUCGACCGUCUUGUCACGCUUCUCGAGACGGGCAGUACGCAGUUGAUCCGCAACACCGCUGCGCAACAGCUAGCGGAUGUCCAGAAACAACAUCCCGAUGAGCUGUUCAACUUACUCGGGCGCAUCUUGCCCUAUCUCAGAUCCAAGUCCUGGGAUACAAGGACAGCUGCAGCCAAGGCGAUUGGCCUAAUCGUAUCAAAUGCCGACCCUUAUGAUCCAAAUGAGGAUGAUGGCCUCCAAAUCAAGUCAGCCGCAGAGCACGAUGACGUUGAGAUCAAGUCAGAGAUCAAGUCUGAAGAACCCACUCCGAGUAAUGGUCUCCUCAAGUUGGAUACUUUGGAUAUCGCAUCUGUAUUGAAAUUCGGCAAGCGACUCCUCGGCAGUGCGGGCAAAGAGUAUGAAUAUUCGCUCGCAUCCAUGGAGCCGGCAGCCAGAUUGCAACAUCAAAAGAAGACCUUAGCCGCACGUCUCGGCCUGAAAGGCGAGUAUGACGACGAUGAACUCAUGGAGGAUAUCGAUCUCGCCCCCAAGGUGGUGACUCCCGCUCCAAAGCGCGAGCCGGAAAUUGCUCCCAUUUCUCGACAAAACAGCGUGCAGGAUCCUCCCUCCCGUCGGCCCUCGUCGCCAAAUGAACCCGCAAUCAAAGAAGACGUUGGACUGAGCAAGCGGCAACUCAAUCAGCUCAAACGCAAGAACAAGCAAAAUGCCAAGAUGGGAGCUAACAAGGUCCGUGUUGUGGAUCUCUCUUCUCGGCGCCAAUCUGACAUUGUUACGACCCCUGUGACUACUCCCCACCCCGUCAAGUCCGAGAACGACAGUGAACAGAAUGGCGAGACGAAACCCGACUAUUUUUCUCUUGAACGCGCCGAAGAUGACGAUGACUCCAAACUGGUCACGGAAUUCAAGGGACCCAUCGCCCCUGAGCGACCUCACAUUCAACCGGAGAUCGUGGAGCAAGGCGGAGGAUGGCCAUUGGAGCACAUGUGCGAAUUUCUUACCAUGGACAUCUUCGAUUCAAAUUGGGAGGUUCGACACGGUGCGGCGAUGGCUCUACGUGAAGUGAUCAGGGUCCAGGGCAUUGCAGCUGGCCGCCUAGAUGGGAAGUCUCGUGAAGAAAACGACGCCCUCAACCGCCGCUGGUUAGAUGACCUUUCAUGCCGACUACUAUGUGUUCUCAUUCUGGACCGAUUCGGUGACUACAUUUCCGACAAUGUUGUGGCCCCCAUCCGGGAAACUGUGGGCCAGACCCUCGGUGCCCUCCUUUCACACCUACACCCCAAAUCAGUUCGAUCAUCCUACCGUUGUCUUUAUCGCAUUAUCAUGCAAAAUGACCUAGGAUUGAGUCGCCCCGUAUGGGAGGUCUGCCAUGGUGGCAUGAUCGGCCUUCGGUACCUCGUUGCAGUUCGAAAGGACUUGCUUGUCAAGGAUUCCAGUAUGAUGGACGGGGUCUUGGAGGCUGUGAUGAAAGGCUUGGCCGAUUUCGAUGAUGAUGUUCGGGCUGUCAGCGCUGCGACUCUUGUCCCCAUCGCAGAAGAGUUUGUCACAUCCCGGACUGGAACUCUCGGUCCUCUGAUGAACAUUGUCUGGGAUUGUCUCUCCAACCUACAAGACGAUCUUAGUGCCAGUACCGGUUCUGUGAUGGAUCUUUUGGCUAAGCUAUGCACAUUCUCCCAAGUUCUGGAUGCCAUGAAGGCAAAUGCUGCGGAUGAUCCAGAGGCAUCGUUCGGAAAACUGGUUCCUCGCCUCUAUCCCUUCCUCCGCCAUACCAUCACCAGUGUUCGCUCUGCCGUGCUUAGAGCUCUUAUGACAUUCCUGAAUCUAGAAGGCGAAGGCACCACCGACUGGGUAGAUGGCAAGGCACUACGAUUAAUCUUCCAGAAUCUUCUCGUGGAGCGCAAUGAGGGUGUCUUGAAGCUAUCUAUCCAAGUCUGGUCUGAGCUGCUCAAGGUUGUUGAGAUGCGUGGCUCAUUUAAAUCCGAGGCCGAGCUGUCAGAAUCCGUCCAACCUCUGGUCACCUUGACUUUGGGUGCUUUCGGUGUGCCACGAUACCCUAUCCCCAUGAACGCCUCGCUAUUCAUCAAACCGUCCGGCGUACCAUUCUGUGCCCCCCCUGCUCCCCCUCCCUCCAAAUCCUCACCUCCCCUCGCAACUCCCGGCGGAGCCGAGACGCCCAAGCCGGGACGCAGACGCAAGUCAGAGAAGAAGGAAGCGCCCCCUCCUUCAGCUCACAAUGUGGAUGGGCAUAUGCUAUCCGGUGAUAUUGAUCUCGUUGGGGCGGAUACCAUGCUGAGAUCAAAGAUCUAUGCUGCCAAGGCAUUAGGUGAACUGAUUUCCUUCUGGGACAAGUAUGAGCUUCCAAGUCUUUGGCCGGCGAUCCUGGAUGCACUUAAGCUCUCUGCAUCUACAACACAGCUUUCUUCCGCAAUGGUCAUGGAGGAGUAUGCUCGCCGCGCUGGAUCAGAGAGCAAUUACACCACGACGUUGACUGAACAUCUCCGGCCUAUCCUUGAAGGCGAGCGUCCAUCGUGGUAUGCCGACAUUGCAUGCUAUCUCCAUGUCGCCCGCGCUCAGUGCCAUUCGUUGCUGAACACGUUCCGCGACCAUGCACAUGUUGCACCCUCCCGACUGCCCACAUUGGCUGUCGUUGUACAGGGCGACGCAGAAGCUGGACCCAAUGCCUUCUCCUUGGCUGAUGCCGAGAAGAUUGUUGGACCCGACUUUGACCGUCUGAAGAAGAACCUGACACCCGCUCAACGUAUCACUGCUACCCAAGUAUUGAAUGAUACCCGCGCCACUGCCCAAUCUGCCGUCGAUGAGGCAAGAUUAAUGAGAGAACAGCGAGACAUGCGUGUCCUGGCCGCAACCGCAGGUGCCCUCAUCGCAUUGCGCGAUAUCCCCAAGAAGCCUGGUCAUAUUAUCAAGGGCAUGAUGGACAGUGUCAAGAAGGAAGAGAAUGUGGAGCUCCAACAGCGCUCUGCAACCGCUGUCGCAGGUCUCAUCGAGUAUUACACAGCUGCCACGAAGCGCGGACCAGUGGACAAGAUCAUUGGAAACUUGGUCAAAUAUUGCUGCGUGGAUACGUCCGAAACACCCGAGUUCCCUCACAACGCUCAAUUGGAGAAAUCGAUCUUGUCUCUGCGCAAGGAAGAAGAUCGACGCGACCAUCCCGAUGCGGCCAAGUUCGAAAGAGAAGCCAAGGAGGCACGCAUUAUGCGCCGUGGUGCCAAGGAUGCAUUGGAGCAGCUGACCGUCAAAUUUGGCGCUGACCUUCUGGAGAAGGUUCCCAACCUCGCGAAACUUGUUGAGCGGCCAUUGCGAGAUGCUUUGGCAUCCGACGAACUUCCCGAAGACAUCACGAAGCCCGAUAACGAACUCGGCCAAGAAAUAGUGGAUGGUCUGUCUACGCUGCGGGCCCUCCUGCCCAAGUUCGAUCCUGGUCUCUAUCCAUGGGUUAUCGAUCUUAUGCCCAUCAUUGCCAAGGGUCUUCAGUGCCGACUCUCUGUUAUUCGUUACGCCGCAGCCAAAUGUUUCGCUACUAUUUGCAGCGUCAUCACAGUCAAGGGUAUGACCAUGCUGGUUGAAAAAGUGUUGCCAAUCAUCAACAAUGGUCUUGAUGUGCACAAUCGCCAAGGUGCGAUCGAGUGUAUCUAUCAUCUCAUCCACGUCAUGGAAGAUGGAAUCCUCCCCUACGUUAUCUUCCUCGUUGUUCCCGUUCUUGGCCGCAUGAGCGAUUCUGACAACGAUGUGCGUCUUCUGGCGACGACCUCAUUCGCAACCCUCGUCAAAUUGGUGCCUCUCGAGGCCGGUAUUCCUGACCCCCCUGGCUUCUCAGAGGAGUUGCUCAAGGGCCGUGACCGGGAGAGGAAGUUCAUGUCUCAGAUGCUGGAUGUGCGCAAGGUUGAACCUUUCCAGAUCCCUGUCGCCAUCAAGGCUGAGCUUCGACCAUACCAGCAAGAUGGUGUCAACUGGCUCGCUUUCCUCAACCGUUACAACCUCCACGGUAUUCUUUGCGACGACAUGGGUCUGGGAAAGACUUUGCAGACAAUUUGUAUUGUGGCAAGUGACCAUCACAUGCGUGCUGAAGAGUUUGCCAAGAGUCAAUCUACCGACUCUAGGAAGCUUCCUUCCUUGAUCGUCUGUCCGCCCUCCCUUUCUGGACACUGGCAGCAAGAAGUUAAGCAGUAUGCACCAUUCCUCAGUUGCAUUGCUUACGUCGGUCCUCCCUCUGAACGGUCAAGACUUCAACCUCUGUUGGCCAACACCGAUAUCAUUGUCACUUCUUAUGAUGUCUGUCGGAAUGAUAACGAUGUGCUCAGCCCUAUUAACUUUAACUACUGCGUGCUUGAUGAGGGCCACCUGAUCAAGAACCCCAAGGCCAAGAUCACCACCUCUGUGAAGAAAUUGGCAAGCAACCACCGUCUCAUCUUGUCUGGUACACCCAUCCAGAACAACGUUCUCGAGCUGUGGUCACUCUUCGACUUCUUGAUGCCAGGCUUCCUCGGUACCGAGAAGGUCUUCUUGGACCGGUUCGCCAAGCCCAUCGCAGCAAGCCGUUUCAGCAAGUCCUCUUCGAAGGAACAAGAAGCGGGUGCAUUGGCAAUUGAAGCACUGCACAAGCAAGUGCUACCAUUCUUGCUUCGCCGUCUUAAGGAGGAAGUUUUGAACGAUCUGCCACCCAAGAUCAUUCAGAAUUACUACUGCGACCCAAGUGAACUCCAGAAGAAGUUAUUCGAGGACUUCAGUAAGAAGGAACAGAAGGAGCUGGCAGACAAGGUUGGCAGCACAGACCGCUCCGAUAAGGAGCACAUCUUCCAGGCGCUUCAAUACAUGCGUCGUCUGUGUAACUCUCCUGCACUGGUGGUCAAAGAAGGUCACAAGCAGUACAAUGAGGUACAGACGUUCCUGAACACAAAACGAUCAAAUAUCAGAGAUGUGUCCCACGCACCCAAGCUCAACGCCUUGAAGGACUUGUUGGUCGAUUGCGGUAUUGGCCUGAACCCUGCAGCGGAAGGUGAACUGGAUACAGGCGCAAGCUACGUCAGCCCGCACCGCGCACUUGUUUUCUGUCAGAUGAAGGAGAUGCUGGACAUUGUGCAAAAUGAUGUUCUCAAGAAACUGCUCCCAUCUGUUCAGUACCUCCGCCUGGACGGUGGCGUGGAAGCAACUAAACGCCAGGACAUUGUCAACCGUUUCAACACCGACCCCAGUUACGACGUCUUGCUCUUGACCACCAGCGUUGGUGGACUGGGUCUCAACCUCACAGGAGCCGACACCGUCAUCUUCGUUGAGCACGACUGGAACCCACAGAAAGAUAUCCAAGCCAUGGAUCGCGCUCAUCGUAUUGGUCAGAAGAAGGUUGUCAACGUCUACCGUCUGAUCACUAGAGGUACCCUGGAGGAGAAGAUCCUGAAUCUGCAACGAUUCAAGAUCGACGUCGCCUCCACCGUGGUCAAUCAACAAAACGCCGGUUUGGGCACGAUGGACACAGAUCAACUCCUUGACUUAUUCAACCUCGGCGAAACUGCAGAUACAGCCGAGAAACCAAGCGAUCAAAACGGGAAUGAAGUCGACAUGGUCGAUAUCGACGGCGAAGUCAAGGAGAAGGGCAAGAAGGGCUGGCUAGACGACUUGGGUGAGCUUUGGGACGACAGGCAAUACCAGGAAGAAUACAACCUGGAUUCGUUCUUGGAAACCAUGAAGAACUGA